AUGUCUACCCUUCUACGCCGAUCAGCCCAUCUAGCGCGAUUCAAUAAGCCAACCCUCACUGCCGCAUCGAGAACCCCGUUCCUACUUCGAAGGCGGACACCAUUCCCCCAGUGCGUAUAUGCGCAGCAGAGAGCUAGAUUGUUUGCAUCUGGCUCUCCGCAAGACCCCAAAAACAAUAAGGAUGAGGUAGCGAAGGAUCAGAAGCAGCCCGCCGCGCCGGAGGAGGCAAAUAAGAAUACACCCAAGCAAAAUGCGCAGGAACAGAAAAUGUCGAAAUUGUCGGAAGAGGAGGAAAGAUUGUUAGAUCAACUGGUGGCUUUUGUGUCAAUGGGUGUACCGAAGUCUCAACAAAAGGCAAUCAAGGAAUCCAUGGACGAGAUCAAGAAGACGGGCAUCCCGACUGAAAUUCGGGAGGAGAUGAACAAACUUCAGCGUGGCGAAAAAUUGGACCUAGCUACUGCGGCGAAAUUGUCAAGAUUGACGACCAACUGGGCCCGCAAGAGCGCAGACCAGAUCAAGUUCAACCAAGAAGAGCCCCAGCAGAAGUCGGGCGCACACGAUCCAGGACCGCAAGGCGAGAAAGCAAAGGGAAGUGGAGGAGGACCCAAAUUCGAUGGCAAAAUGGAUUGGAAUACCACAGUCAUUACAGCUUUCCUAUCCUACCUUCUCUACAAGAUGUUUGUACCGGGCGAGAACAACAAGGAGAUAACAUGGCAAGAGUUCAGGACAACAUUCCUCGACAAGGGUCUUGUUGAGAGGAUAGUGAUUCUCAACAGCAGCAAGGCUAAGGUCCACCUUCAUCGCGAAGCCGUCGCAGCCAUGUACCCGGAGUCCCCCGCUGUCAGCCAAAGCUUCUACUACUACUUCACAAUUGGUUCGGUCGAGGCUUUCGAGCGCAAGAUGGAUGACGCACAGUACGAGUUGGGAAUUCCAAGCUCCGAGCGGAUUCCAGUGGCAUACUCCAGCGAGAUCUCCUGGUUCGGCACAUUCCUGUCCUUUGGUCCAACAUUACUCCUCCUCGGAUCGCUGUUCUACUUCACUCGACGUGCUGGAAGCGGAGGUGGCGGCCAGAGCGGCAUCUUCGGAAUGGGCCGAAGCCGAGCUAAGAAGUUCAACCACGAGACGGACAUCAAGGUCAAGUUUGCGGAUGUUGCUGGUAUGGAUGAAGCGAAGCAAGAGAUCAUGGAAUUCGUCUCCUUCCUCAAGGAGCCCAGCCGUUUCCAGAAGCUUGGAGCCAAGAUUCCCCGAGGUGCAAUUCUCUCUGGACCCCCUGGUACCGGUAAGACUCUUCUCGCAAAGGCGACAGCUGGAGAGUCUGGUGUUCCCUUCUUCAGCGUAAGCGGUUCGGAGUUCGUCGAAAUGUUUGUUGGUGUUGGUGCUUCCCGUGUGCGUGACCUCUUCGCAAAUGCACGCAAGAGCACACCGUGCAUCAUAUUCAUUGAUGAGAUUGACGCUAUCGGUCGUUCACGUUCGAAACAAAACUAUGGCGGUGGCAACGAUGAGCGGGAGGCUACCCUCAACCAGAUCUUGACCGAGAUGGACGGCUUCAAUACCACGGAACAGGUUGUUGUCCUUGCAGGCACCAACAGGCCCGAUGUCCUCGACAAGGCUCUUAUGCGACCUGGUCGUUUCGAUAGACACAUUGGUAUUGAUCGCCCAACAAUGGAGGGACGAUCCCAAAUCUUCGAGGUCCAUCUGAAGAAGAUCGUGACUAAUGAGGAUAUGGAGUUCUUGAAGGGAAGGUUGGCCGCAUUGACGCCAGGAUUCUCUGGUGCCGAUAUUGCUAACUGUGUCAACGAAGCUGCCCUAAUUGCCGCCCGAAACCAAGCAGAGUCGGUCACUAUGGUUCAUUUCGAACAGGCCAUUGAGCGUGUCAUUGGUGGUCUCGAGAAGAAGUCACUCGUCCUGAAGCCAGAGGAGAAGAGGACUGUUGCUUACCACGAGGCCGGCCACGCAAUCUGUGGAUGGUACUUCAAAUGGGCAGAUCCUCUGCUCAAGGUAUCUAUCAUUCCUCGCGGCCAAGGAGCUCUUGGUUAUGCGCAGUACCUACCAGCUGGCGACACUUACCUGAUGAAUGUCAAUCAAUUGAUGGACCGUAUGGCUAUGACCCUCGGCGGUCGCGUCAGCGAAGAAUUGCACUUCGAUACGGUCACUUCAGGUGCUUCAGACGACUUCAAGAAGGUCACUCAAAUGGCCACUGCUAUGGUGACCAAAUGGGGAAUGACCAAGAAGAUUGGUUACAUCUACUUCGAGGAUGAUCAGGGUAAUCAACUCCAGAAGCCUUUCUCUGAGGAAACGGCCAAGAACAUCGAUUCAGAGGUCAAGCGCAUUGUCGACGAAGCAUACAAGCAAUGCAAAGAUUUGCUCACCGAGAAGAAGCACGAGGUGGGCUUGGUCGCGGAAGAGUUGUUGAAGAAGGAGAUGCUUGGGCGAGAGGAUAUGAUCAGACUACUUGGUCCACGACCAUUUGAGGACCCACAGGAUUUCCACAAAUACUUCGGUGGUGAGCAUGGCAGAGUUCCCGGCCUCAUCGAGCCACAAGGCGACAAGGGUGUCAAGGGCCCCGUCGUCCCACCUGCACCAGCAGCGUUCAAGAGCACAGAUCUCGACGCCAGCAGGUGA